AUGACCACCACUGAAACCAUGAACCCAGGAAUUAGGCAGUCAUCUUUCAAGCUGACAGGUUCAUACGGCGACUGGAGAGAUGAACUCCAGUCUGAAGGUGUUGUGGUCGUCAAGAACGUGAUAACUGCCUCCAAAGCUGGAUAUUAUCAGCAGAAGGCCUUGGAUUGGCUCCAAUCAUUCGGUACCGCGCUUGAUUACAAUGACCCAUCUACUUGGAUCGAUGAAAACUUCCCGGUGCAAGGCAAGGUCAACAACUUCACUGGCUAUUGUGUUUCACACGAGAAGUUCAUGUGGGAUGCACGUAUGGAGCCCAGAGUUUUGGAAGCCUUUGCUAAAGUAUGGGGCACCGAUGAGUUGUUGGUCUCUUUCGAUGCUGUGAAUAUCACCCUGCCCAAUCGACAGGAUAAACCGGCUCCGAAGCCGUGGCCUCAUGUUGACCAGUCACCAUUUAGACGUGGCCUUCAUUGUGUCCAGGGAAUUAUCAAUCUUAGCCAAGCUGGGCCUGAAGAUGGUUCUCUUAUUGUCCUCCCGAAGUCUAGCACUUUAUCCGAUCAGUUUUUCGAUACGCAGGUUGAUCCUUCCACCUGGUUGGAAAAGGACUUUCGAUUCGUCAGUGAGGAAGAAAUGCAAUGGUAUGCGGAUCGUGGAGUCAAGCCAAAGAAGGUCCUAGCAGAGCCUGGGGAUUUGAUUCUCUGGGAUUCCCGAACUGUACACUGGGGUGGUGAACCGACACCCAAAAGCGACACUAUUCGAACCGUUAUCUAUGCAUCAUACUCCCCAGUGAGUCUAGCCACAGCCGAGACCCUGGAACGAAAGAAAGAGGCAUUUGAAUCAUUUCGAGCAACUACACACUGGCCUCAUGACAAUGUUAUCCUUCGUGACAAGAUAUUAUAUCUCCCUGAUGGGACUGCCGAUCCUCGCAAUCGGUCCCAGCCGUUGGAGGUGCCUGAUUACACUGAUCAACUGCUGCGACUGGCCGGACUUAAGCCAUAUGGAGAUGCAGUUGUGGAGACUACGGUAUCCGAGGCAGAUCAGACUCAAGAAAUAUUGCAGCGAUUAGAGCAGCUUGAAAGUCUUGUUCGACAACAAUCAACACUGAUUUCAGCCUUAUCUGAUCGUGUACUUUCGAGCAAUGCGAGUCCAGAUAAAUCGUCAUCCCAAUCUCAAAACACUCCAACUCACGUAAACAGCACCGCCUUAUUCGUUGCAUCGCCAGUGUAUACAUCAUUUGCUCGCGAAAUCCCACCCUCGGUGGAUGUACGGCUGAGAUACGAUAACAACGAGGAUGGACCGCUUCUCAUUCCAUUGGGUCACCAAACACCUACUGGAAAUCUAUUGACUCUUGACAAGAUAAAAAGACUCAUUGGAGAGUAUCCACAAGAUUACUUCUUAUUUCUCGAAUCAGAGCGCGAGCUACAGCCCUUGACACCACGAGUAUCUUAUGCAGCACUUAUUGAUAAGCUGAACCAGCACCGCGAGAUAGCUGAUUUCCUGGUCUCUAGCUUUCUCAACGAUAUACAUUCUCAGUUUCCAAUCCUUGAGCAAAAGACAUUCCUAGCGACAUUUGAGAAAUUUUUGCAACCUAAUCAGAAACCUGAUAUGUCAGCAGCACUCUGUCUUAUGACUCUUGCCUUGGGGGAGAUCUGUACAAACCCUAGUGCAACAUUUGAUAUUGAAUCAUCUGAUUUUGGGAAUGGUACAGACUACUUUGCGCAUGGAUAUCAGAUACUGACAACUGUCGAGACGGCACCAUUUUCAAGAGACUUGGCGGUACCGCUAGGAUUCUUCUACGCUUCUCUUUAUUUUCGGUAUAGAAGUAGACCGCUCCAAGCCUGGAGAUCAAUCCACUCUGCCUCAACAUCAGUGCAACUGAUGCUAUCAUAUCUUCAAGAUAGGGCUAUCCUACCCGAGAAGCACAUAUUGAUGGUACGAAUUGCUUGGGCCUGCUACGUGCUUGAGUGCGAUGAUCUCGCCGAAUUUCAUUUUCCUCGAAGUGGGAUCGAAGUUCUCGUGGACGAUUUACCAUUUCCAGAAUUUACCGACUCCGACGACCGCAACAAUCUUAAAUUCCUCGCCAUGUGUUCCAUCCGAAAGCUUUUAAACCGCAUACACAGUACCAUGUAUGCAAGCAAAUCAACAGAAGCAAACGGGAGCAUCUUCAGCAGAAGAUUCGGGAGAGCGGCCAAAGCAUAUAACCAGCAACCUUCCAUAGCUUCACUCGAGUCUGUCAACAUAGAGCUUAGUCGACAACUCAGAGUAUGGUUUGAAUCCCUUCCAGAUACGAUAAAACCUGAUCUCCAAAAUCCGAAUGCUCGAGAUCUACAUGAUAGUCAACUCCGAACCCGAUACUAUGCCACAAAACAUGUGAUUUGUCGGCCCUGUCUUGUCUUUGCUGCACAGUCUGAAGAGACUCAGUUGAGCGGGCUACUAGCUGCGGUAUUUGUCAUAUCAAUGGCAAAGGACACGCCGACACUUGCACCGCUCGUACCAGACUUCGAUGAACUUAUUGAAGAAGCGAUAUUGUGCACUGAGCCCUGGGCUCGUCAUCACGAUACAGCGGAUGCAAUUUUGGGGAUUUUCAAGACUAUAAGACAGAAGCUUAGGUUUCCGUCUCAUGAAAUAUCCCGAUGA